AUGACGUCCGAAAAAGAUUUGAGAAGAGAUCAUGAGAGAGAUAGAGAUAAAGUUGCUGAGCUCAACAGACAAAACGAAAAAAUUGAACUGGUCCAGCUCGAGAAUUUCUAUCGCAUGAAGAGUAGUGCCUUAAAGAUUCACGAAGAUAAGUAUGGUAGCAAGGAAAGAUGGAGCGACAUGAUCAUCAAUGCCUCACAGAACAGUGCUCUCUUAACGCCGGCCGAAAUUACAAUCCAAGAUAAACACGGCAAAAGACGUACGGUUAGGAUUGGCCCCAAAACAAGCUCACAUGAUGUGAAGAGGGCUAUUGAUUUAUAUGAUGCGGCAAAAUACGAAGAGCAGAAGAAGAGAGAAAUGGCUGAUUGGGAGCAUAGUAGAGAGGAGUUUGGCUCUCGAUUACGUGAUAUUUUGAGGGAAAAGAAUCGCAUUCUAGGCUUCAGUCCGAGAGAUGAAUCCUUUGACGCGUGCUUCAGUGAUUUGGGCUACAGCGCCCACACAACUCCAGCGCAUGUUACCUAUCAUACAUCCUUUCGCCAACCGACGCCAGACUUAAAGCUCGAGAGGGAAAAUUCUCGACUUUCGGAUCAACUUCGUGCUGCACAGAAACAGCUCGCAGAAGCUAGGGAACAGUACAGAACCAUCGAAUAUGAAAACUACAAACUCAUCCAAGAGAAUGUAGAGAUUUCUGAAUCUCUGGAUUCAACACAGAAGCUCCUAGAACAGAUUGCAGAGAAUAGAGACGAGCAUGUCAAGACAAAUAGAAGAUAUGCAGAAGAAAAUAGAAAGCUGGAAUCUGAACUGGAAUCAGCACAGGCACGAAUCCAAUCACAAACACAAGCUCAGACACAAUCAAAGCCACAGCCACGAUCGUGGUGGUCAUCAGCACGCAAAGUUACCUUCGAUGAUACUAGUGAGCAGUUGCGUGAGGAAGUUAGAGAUUUGACUAGAUCCUUGGAGAACAUGAAGAGUGGUAGGGAGCCACACAAUAUUCUCCGAGAUGUCGGAGUCGGAACUCGUCUCGAAUUCUUGCAACUUUCUAAGGCGCAUGAAUAUCCUGUCAUACGCCAUCAUACUCAUCACAGAAUUGUUUCUAGCAGUUCUAACCCAGAGCUUAAUAUGGAUCUUGGUGCUAAGAGUACAAAUAUUGAUGGAAGUAGUCUAUACGGAGGAAACAUUCGAGCAGAUGCGGCUCUUCUAAGUAUCAACUCAAGUCAUAGAGUCAAGUACGAACAAACGUUCAAAGACAUUUACGGAGUUGCAUUUAGCGAGGUUACAAAGGGCUGCUCUGACAAGUAUGCUCCACAAUGCAAGGUUACCGAGAUGGCGAACUUGAGAGGAACUAUGGCACACCUAGGAUGUUUCACGAGACACACGCCUGAUAAGGACGCCGACGAUAAAUUCUUGGCUUUGUCGGCAUAUUGUGAAAGAGAGUACGAAGAUAUUGAUCGAAGAGCAACAUCAGCUCUCCAAGCAGCCAAGACAUUCAGUGGCGAUCUUAGAGUUACUGAAGCUUGUAACAAGAUGCGCGGAAUAUGUGACUCCCUUGUCGAAAGAACCAGGACUGGUGGACAUCGUUCGGCGUCAUUCACAGGUGGCGGUGUUGGUGGUAAAUACAUUUGA